GGACAAAUGCAGAUGAGCCACCCCUGCAUUAUGUAACUAUUGAGGAGACUUUGGACGUCAUCAAAUGUGCUCAUGUUGCAACAGGACAUGGUGGGCGUGACCGCAUGAUUAAGGAGUUACAACAAAAAUAUGCCAGCAUCACAACAAAGGCCUUGGACGUCAAAUGUGCUCAUGUUGCAACAGGACAUGGUGGGCGUGACCGCAUGAUUAAGGAGUUACAACAAAAAUAUGCCAGCAUCACAACAAAGGCCUUGGAGCUCUUCAAAUCACUGUGUGAGGAAUGUCAGAAGAAAAGGAAAAGACCAAUGACUAAGGGUGUUGUGGUGCAUCCUAUCCUCAGCAAGGAGUUCGUAUCUAGGGGCCAGGUUGAUUUGAUUGACAUGUAGUCAAUGCCACAAUCCAACUUUAAAUGG